AUGAGAUAUUACCUUUCCCAUGUGAUAGUCCUGUUAAUCACCAUAUCAGAACAUGAAUUUAUUCAGAUGUUCAUUAAACAAAUGAUGCAGCAGACAAACUAUCAAUGGGGAGAUACCAGAAGGACCACAAGAGAAAGGCAGAAUGCAACAUCCACCAACAAAGUGCAUCAGUGCCCUUACUGUCCCUACAGAGCAACAAAAAACCACACUCUUCAGAGGCAUCUCUUGAAACAUACUGGAGAGAAGCCUUUUUCAUGCCCUUAUUGUUCUUAUGGAACAACAAGAAAGGAAUUUUUGAAAGAACAUAUCAAUAGACAUACAGGAGAAAAGCCUUUUGCUUGUCCAUUUUGUUCUUAUAGUUCCUCACACAAGAACAUCCUAAGAAGGCAUAUGAUCAAACACACAGCAGAGAGAGCAUUCCAGUGUGCACAUUGCCACUAUCAAGCACCAGAUAAAGAAACUUUAACAAUGCACAUCCAGAGUCACAACAUUGGUGGACCUCUGUAGUGUAUUGGCAUUGUGUUGCCAAGUAUUUAAUGGAAAGCACCCCAUAUUGAAUAUUGGUGAUACUAUUCAGUGUCUUGGCUUUUGAUAAUGUUUAACAUGUUGCCAAAGGUUUUAUUGACAAGAUCCCAUAUAAAGUGCAAGAAUACAGUUUUAGUCAUUAAUUCAGGAGGCUAUAUAUUGAAUAAUUGGGCAAGGUUCUUUAACUUGUAGAAUAUCAGUGAUUGUGUAUAUAUUGAUAGGAAGCAAGAGUUGGCUGUGUAAGGCUCUAUGUGUUUCCAAGAAUGAAUAAAUAUUAGAGUUAUUUAGAUAGGGAAGAUUUUGGCUACUCAAGUGUGAUUUACCUGUAGAAAAAUCUAAGCUUAAUAAAGAAUAGUAUUUUUA